AUGAGUAUUAACAGAAUAAAUAAAAUUAUUCUAUGUUCAAAAGUUGAAUUAAAAUCGAUAGAAAAAAUGGAAUUUUAUACUAGCACAACAAAUGAUGUAGUAAAAGACUUUUGUGAAUAUUUUCUACCAACAUUAAAAUAUAACAAUUUCCAUGUAGCCUAUACUUUUAAUACUGUUCAAGACCAUGAAAAAAUUAUCCUAUGGCCAAGGAACAAAUAUAUGUAUAGUAUCAACUUGAAUUUAUAUAAAUAUAGUCAUCAAUUGUAUAACCGAAUAUUAUUUUUGGAUUCCAAAUUUUCAGAAUCUCAGUCUUAA